UAGGACAAUUUAUUUAAACCGUGAAAUUGGCGCCCUCUGCUCCUCUUCUUCUUCCAGAACUCUCUGAAAUUAUAAUGAGGGAUUGAAGAUUUUAGGCUAAUCCAUGGGGAGAACGAGACCCUUUUGUUACAUCUUCCGAUGUUCCAAGCAAACAUCGACUUUCUUUGCCUCUUCCAGAAAAUUCAUUCCGACAAAAUUCGCUCCAUUUUCCUGUUUCUCUACAACUGCCACUUCUUCACUCCCCAUUUCAGAUUCGACUGAUGGAAUACACGAAUCCGGGAUCCCAGAGCAAACCCUUCAGAAUUUAAGCUCCUUCUCCGUUAGAUUAGAUCCAUUUAGGAAUCUUGUAGAUGUCUUGAUACAUGUCCAUUCUCUUGGAGACGUCAGGCGUUUGAUAAAAUGCGUCAUUGAAGAUUUGCUCAAAACCUGGGAGCCUAAGAGUGCUUGUUCUUUUCUUUUCAAGUUACUUUGUCAAUUAGAUAGUGUAAGAGUGAGUCCUAAGGUUUUUGGGGUGCUAGUUAUGUCGUUGUGUGAGAUGGGUUAUGUGGACGAGGCCAGUUGGGUGUACCGGAAGCUUGAUAAACUGACAGAUGUGGCGGUUUUUACUGUCCUCUUAGAUGGUUUUCGUCGAAAAAGGCUGUUUGGAGUCAUGUGGGAUAUAUAUGAGGAUAUGGUGUCACGUGGUUGCUUGCCGAAUGUAAUCACUUAUGGCGUAUUGAUUGAUGCUUGUUGUAGAGAAGGCCGCGUUGACAAAGCUAAAAUGUUAUGGGAAGAGAUGGUUGAUAAGGGUAUUGAACCCACAGUCGUGAUUUUCACGACCCUCACACAUGGUUUCGGCUGCGAGGGUAAGAUGAGUGAAGCAGAAAGCAUGUUUAGGAAGAUGAGGGAGACUGGUGUUCUUCCGAAUGUCAUUACAUUUUGCAUCCUUAUGGAUAUGUUCUGCAAAGUUGGACAGUUGAAAAAAGCUCAAAGCUAUUUUGCCUUUAUGGUGAAGUUUGGCAUUGUUCCUAAUCAGUUCAUCUACAACUCUCUGUUAUAUGGGUGUUGUAAGGCAGAAAACCUCUCCGAUGCACUGGGUAUAUUUUCCAUAAUGGAAAAAGUUGGUAUUUGUCCCGACAUUUAUAGUUAUGGUAUUCUCCUGAAGUGCUACUGUAAUAUGCAUAAAAUGGCAGAAGCAGAAAGCUUACUGGAUAGAAUGAAAAAUAAUGGAGUCAUUCCGAACUCUGUAGUGUUUAAUACUCUAAUAGAGGCCUACUGCAAGGUAGGAAGCAUGGAUAAGGCUGUGGAAGUGUUUACUCAAAUGGCAGAAAAGGGUGCAUACCCCAAUGUGAUUACGUUUUCUACAUUGAUUAAUGGUUACUGCAAAGUAGGUGAUAUUGAGGCUGCCAUGGGGUUGCAUAAUGAGAUGGUGAUAAAAGGUUUGGGUCCUGAUAUUUUUGUUUAUACGUCUUUAAUGGACAGGCACUUUAAAGAUGGUAAUCCUGAUGCAGCUCUCCGGCUUCACAAAGAAAUGAUAGAAGCAGGUGUCACUCCCAAUGUUGUCUCCACUACUUGUCUUAUUGAUGGAUUAGUAAAGAAUGGAAAGCUCAAUCAGGCUAUUGAAAUUUUCUUGGAUGCAAGGAGGGUUGAAUUCGAUCGAGAUAAAGUUGAUCUCAGUAGCAAAUAUUGGUCUGCCAGAGCUGUCAUGUAUUCUUCUUUGAUUUGUGGUUUGUGCAAAGAAGGAUAUAUACUUGAAGCUAGAAAAUUUUUCGUAGAUAUGCGACGGGAUGGACUGAGACUGGAUUUUGGAGCUCACUCAACCAUAAUCCAAGGGCUUUGUAAUGUGGGUUAUGCGCAGGACGUGAUGAUGGUGCAUGCUGAUAUGAUAAAGCAGGGUAUUUUACCGGAUGCUUCUGUGUAUAGGGUCUUAUCUAAGGGUUAUCAGAAUAUUGGAUACCGAAGUUCAGCUCUCAAAUGUCAGGAGGACUUACAUGACUAGUUUGUUUCAAAGGCCCUGGAAUUAAUCAGUAUGUACAUGACUUUGCUGUUUAAUACAAGCACGUUGAAAUCUGAAGGUACUUUUCCUUUUCAAUCUCAAGGAACAAAGUAAAUUCAAUGAAUGUCAGGAUAACUAUUCAAAAUUUCAAACUAUAACAAUGAAAUUGAAGGAUUAUUUUCCUAGCUACAUAAGCAAAGGUGAGAGUCUACGACAUUAGAUACCGUACUAGGGCGGGUGGCUGCACAAGGUGCGGCCUGGGUAAAUAGUAGCCCAGAGAGUGCUCUUAUUCAGGAGGAAAGAAAGGAAG